GGCCACCGGAACCGCCGUCGUCACCGCCGCCGUCGUCACCGCCACCGUCACUGCUGCAUUCAGUUUCAAACCAAGACGGCGUCGUUAGAGAUAUGCUAACUACCGCUCGCCAGCUUAUCGAUCAAGGCAAACCUUCUCAAGCUCUUCAAGCGGUGGUGGCGGCCAUGAGAACCAAAGGCGGUGAGCAGGCAGUAUUUCAAGCCCUUAGUCGUGCCCAGGACCUAUACCGAAAUAAAAUACAGACAAAUGCGGCUGCAGAUGAGCUGGCUUCUUUGUUUGCUGAGUGUGCCAUUGCCGAAGCCAUCCCUGCCAUAUCGCAACCUUCUGAACAUAAUACAGUAGAUAAACCAACUGAAGUAGAUGCUCAUGGAAGUUCAAUACUAUCUGAAACUGGCAGGAAACAGAUAAUGCUUGAUGCAUUCUCUGAUGGAAGCAGCUUUGUUUGCUUACAAUGUGGGGGACUGGUUAGCACCCAUCGCAAAGAUGAGCACUACUCAUUCUGGUGCUGCAAAAAUUGAGUCAGCUUCCGACUUGGAUGGAAUACGUUUCCUCGCCAAGUUAUUGGAUAUAGUGCUGCAUUUUUACUGUCACUACUCAUCAUGAAAUGCAUUAUAGCCGGUGGGUUCUAGUAUACAUAAUUUUCUCUUGGCUCCAGACCUACUAUCUUACUAGGCAUGUUGCUCUAAGCAUUACAUGGCCGACUUGGUUGCUGAGGUUAUGAAUGCCUGUGGUCGCACCAAAAGUCUUAGGGUGGGUUAUAGAUGUUGACAAAUUCGGUUCUUUGAGGAUGUUGUGCAUUUGAGGAUGUUGUGCAUUUUGUACUGUUUUAAGAUGUUUUCAAAUAAUUGAAGCAUGUCUCUAUAGUGAGGUUGUAAAUUAUGGUUUGCCUCUGAGAACUACAAUUUGUACCAAUUGAUUAUGAAAGUGGGGCCAUAAAGGUUUCUAAUA